AAUACUACUGUGCCUUCUUCACGGUCAUAGAAGAAGCCGGCUUGUCCGCGGAUGUCACGAUUGUUUCGCCCUCGCUUUGACGGCGUCACUCAUCGCCUGGUGCCACGACCCGCUCAGUUCGCCUCGCGCCACAUACUGCGUCUGCGAGCGGCAGAGUGACUAGAGAAGAUAAGGGUUGUGUCAUCGGUUGAGCUUUGAACAAUGUUGGGUGAGUAUCGGUUGAGGUGAAAGAGAGACGGGUCGAGUGAGGGAGCGAUAGCACAUCCUUGUUGGACUACGGGGGAACAACGUGAUUCUCCAGCGCCCAAUGGCAGAGUUGGAAGAUCUUUGGCUGAUCGGACGCAAUGGUUUCAAUUUCAGUCCAAUACCUGACCGGCCGGCCCACCAGCGUCCGUUCGUCAGCGUACAUACGCCCACGUUCAACCUGCCCUUGUCACGAUGGUACUCUACUUUUACUACUCUAAGACAGAACUGGCAAUAGAGCACUUCGUUCAUCGCAUUAUGCCUGUGCCUGGGGAGCAUGGUCAUACAGGAACAGGAACACAUGUUCUGCCACUUCUGCGUCCCAUUUCCGAGCUUCGGCUUGAGCUGUUCUUGAACGAUCCUAACUUCUGUCGCGGCCUGCUGUCUCUGACGUUCGCUUUGCACCCUCUCCUCACCGCUCUUUGCUCAAAACCGGUCCUUCUUCGCCUGUAGAUCCGAUAGAUCUUGCUGGAAGUGGCUGGCUUC